AUGGAUUCAUCUUCCGACGAAGAAGAUGACCGCCACAACCUCAUCGAUCAGAACGAUCGGAAGCGUCCGAUUCCUCUUCCUCCUCCUACCUCCGCCGCCGCCACCGCAUUCCACAUCGAAGAUUCCAGCUCGCGAUUCCGGCGCUUAGAUUUCAAGCUCCAGAAGAGGUACAUUGUCUCCAUUUUCGCUCUCUUCAUCGUGCUGCUCUUCUUCUUCGUCACCGAUCUCCACGGCGCCUCCUCCUCCUCCUCCAUCAAGCUCGAUUCGAUCAAGGAAUCCGAAUUGCGCGCCAUUUACCUCUUGCGCCAACAGCAAUUAGGGCUUUUAACCGCUUGGAAUCGCUCAUUUCAAUCCAAUGCUUCGAACUCGAAUGGCUUCGAGGAUCUGAAAUCCGCGUUGUUCAAGCAGAUCUCCCUCAACAGAGAAAUUCAGAAGGUUCUGUUGAAUCCUCAUAGGACAGGGAAUUUGGUUGAACCUGAAUUUGAUUUUGGAAACCCUAGUUUGGCUGGUGUCAGUUAUGAUAGGUGUAGAACAGUGGAUCAAAAUUUUUCACAGAGAAGAACCAUUGAGUGGAACCCUAAAGAUGGUAAAUUUUUGCUUGCUAUAUGCGUUUCAGGUCAGAUGUCAAACCAUCUGAUUUGCUUGGAGAAGCACAUGUUUUUUGCUGCUCUUCUUAACAGGGUUUUGGUGAUUCCUAGUUCCAAAGUGGAUUACCAGUAUGAUAGAGUUGUGGAUAUUGAUCACGUUAAUAAAUGCUUGGGAAGAAAAGUGGUGAUUUCCUUUGAAGAAUUUUCCAAUGUUAAGAAGGAUCAUUUGCACAUUGAUAAGUUUCUGUGUUAUUUUUCUCGGCCUCAACCUUGUUUUCUAGAUGAAGGGUGGUUGAAGAAGUUGAGUUCUUUGGGUUUGUCAAUGAGUAAACCUGAGCCUGUUUGGGAUGACGAGGAUACCCGGAAUCCAAAAAAGAAGACGGUUCAGGAUGUUGUGUCUAAGUUUUCCUACGAUGAUGAUGUUAUGGCAAUUGGGGAUGUGUUCUAUGCUGAAGUGGAGCAAGAAUGGGUGAUGCAACCAGGUGGACCAAUUGCUCACAAAUGCAAAACUCUGAUUGAGCCUAGUCGCCUUAUAUUGCUUACUGCUCAGCGUUUUAUUCAGACAUUCCUGGGAAGGAACUUCAUUGCAUUGCAUUUUCGAAGACACGGUUUUUUGAAAUUCUGUAAUGCUAAAAAACCAAGUUGCUUUUACCCCAUUCCUCAAGCUGCAGAUUGCAUCUUGAGGGUGGUUGAAAGGGCCGAUGCACCUGUUAUUUAUCUUUCUACUGAUGCAGCAGAAAGUGAAACUGGUCUGCUUCAGUCACUAGUUGUUCUGAAUGGCAGACCUGUUCCACUUGUAAUACGCCCAGCUCGUAAUUCAGCAGAAAAAUGGGAUGCUUUGUUAUACAGGCAUGGUAUUGAGGGAGAUUCACAGGUGGAAGCUAUGUUGGACAAGACUAUAUGUGCCAUGUCUAGCGUAUUCAUUGGAGCCUCCGGUUCCACUUUCACCGAAGACAUCCUGCGGCUGAGAAAGGACUGGGGAUCAGCAUCGUUGUGUGAUGAGUACCUUUGCCAAGGUGAAGAACCAAAUGUUGUAGCGGAAAAUGAAUGAAGAUAAAGACGGUUUUCUUGUUCCGUGACUCAGGGCCAGACACGUAUUUGGCCUAUGAUAGGUUUUAUUCGGAUUUGUCAAUGUGAGUAGUCAUGUAUGAUAAUAGAAUUAGCGAUUUUAUUGAUAAGUUUUGCUUGUUAUAUAUAUCCUUUUUAUCACAAUCAUUAUAAUUUGUAUGAUCUACACAUUGAUCCUGAAUUGACCGCAAAGCAAUUGUGGCAUUUCAACAUCCCAUUUCUCUUUUCUCAU